CAUUUCUAUAAAAACUAUGACACAUUUCAUUUCUAUAAAAACUAUGACACAUUUUAUUUCUAUAAAAACUAUGACACAUUUUAUUUCUAUAGAAACUAUGACACAUUUUAUUUCUAUAUAAACUAUAAUACAUUUCAUUACUAUAAAAAAAACUAUGACACAUUUCAUUUCUAUAAAGACUAUGUUACAUUUCAU